AUGGCCACUGAUGAGGAGCUGCUGAAGCUCCUGAAGGAGAACACAGUCUUGGAAGACAACAUUCACAUCCUCACCUGGGGCCAGAACCACAUGCACAACAAGGCUGCUGUUCUCAAGGAUGGGUGGGAGGACUUCUUCCAGCACCACAACACCCUGCACACCAACAAGUUCUGGACCACUACACAAGGUGAGCAAGCCAUCAACUGGAAGAAGCUCAUCAGCUCAAUGAGGCUCAGAAGCAACAAGACAGAACAGAAGAAACUAUGA